UUUAAUAAUUAAUAAACUAUUUACAUUCUAGGCGAUUAGAAAUGAUAAUGACUUGACUACGAUCGGUGGUUCUACAACUGUACUCAUCAAAAUUGUUCAAUUUCUACCCAUGCCAGACACCGUACUUGCGUUUGAAGAACCAAGUUAUUCCUUAAAGCUGUCUUAUGGCCACAUAGGCAAAGUAUUCAAAUUUAAGACCAUACAAACCACACACAAAGCAAAAGAAAAAAAUACGAAUAAUUCGGAUAGUUUGGAAUUUGAAAAACAACCGGACAACGAUAAACAUUUUUCAAAAAACGAAUACUCUUUCAAGGGAAAUUACACUUUGGAAUACGUACCUGAACAACUUCUAACGAAAUUGAGGGUAACUGAUGACGGUGAAUUGGAGGUCUUGGGAAAUAUCGACGAAGGGUACUACAGUUUGGACAUUGUAGCAGUCGACUAUGGUCCUAAUUCUACGACUGUUUUAAAAGACAGGUCAAAGGUCUACAUGUUUAUCGACAAUAUAGCGGCGUGUAAUUCGUAUACGUCUAAAUUCAUCAGAGCAUUCAGUAAACACUAUAUAACCGAAGAGACUAACCUAAUAACUGCUGUUCCGGGCACCGAAUCGAGCGGUCAAUGUAGAUUUUCGAUAUCACAUCAAUAUCCAUUUGGCGUGGGAGCGGACUUCUUCUCCAUCGAUAAGAAGACGGGUGCUGUUCACGUGAAAAGUCCCAUCGACCGGGAGGCAUACUCAUUUGAAGACAUGGAAGAACCGUCCGUGUACCUGAAGAUAAAGAUCCAUUGUCCUCCGUUGGAUGAUCCACCAGCAACCCAGCCUCUGCACUUGUCCGAUGUGGACCAAAUCAUCUACGACCCGACUACCACGUUGGUGCAAUUGGUCAUCGUGGACACCAACGACAACGUGCCGACGUUCGCCGACAAGCAUAUAGUCGUUGGGUAUCCCGUGCAGGACGUAGCCAACAACAUUAUUCCCAAACACCUCCUGCAGGUCAAGGCGACAGACAAGGACGCGGGAAAACACGGAAAAAUACAAUACUCGCUGAGAGGAAACGACGCUAACGACUUUAUCAUUAACUCGGAGACAGGAACAAUAUACUGUACGAGUCUGGUGGACGACAGCACUGUGAGCAAAUCGUUCGUGGUGGUGGCCAAGGACAACGAUGGCAAAUCCGACGGAACGGAGUCCACGCUGGCAAUUACCGUGAAGUUCCUAACGUUCUCGGACAUCGUCCGAGUGAACGUCCACUUCAGCACCACCGAAGACCACGCAGCCGUUGAAUCACAGCUGUCCGAAAUAUCGGGCGUCAAAGUCAUGUCACUCACCAACGACGUGAUCAACACGUUCGUGGACGGACAGUGGCGCACCGAGAGAAUGUUGACCGUGUACGGGGUGAACAACACAGACGGUUCAUUGGUGCCAGCGUCGGAAUUGGAAAGAAAUUUAGGACAGAACGCCAAAAUUUUGAGCAUUACUCAAUUAUUCAAUAUGAGUGCCAAUAGUGAAACGAGCACCGUGAUGUCCUUAGUGUAUGCCGCGAUGUUUUUCUUGAUGCUUUCAAUGGUAGCUGUGGGUCUGUUAUAUUUUGGAUACGUCAAGAACGGACGUUACUUGUCGUGUAUUUCGAGUCCGUCUACGACGCCGCUGAAAGACGAUAUCGAAAACAUGAGUCAGAGUAACUGGAUUACUACUUUCAACAGAACCAACCUGACUUCCAAUAGAGUGCGAUUCCCGGGAAAUAUCAACUCCGAGGCGGUUCCAUGUAGAUCCAAAAUCGCGGACAACGCCACCGUGAUCGUGGAGAACAGCCUGUACGAGGCCAUACCACCGAAAGGAACCUGCACCGCCGCCGUCCUGGCCGUGAAUAAUAAUUCCUCGAUAAUUAAACUUGAUUCUAAGGUAUCCUUCGAAGACGACCUGAUAAAAUUAGAAAAAAUGGAUGAGGCGUUUUCGCCCACGGACGACUUGUCUUUUAACUAUUGAGUAUCGACUGCCCGCCAUGGUAAAAAAUCACUAUAGACGUUCGUUAUCGGUUCCGGUUCGACGUGUACGUUUUUUAUCCGGAUAGUACACUUCGCAUACAUAUUUCUAUACACCUAUAAUACCUAUUUCCUAUAUAUAUAUAUAAUACCUUCUGUUAAUAUGAUAAUUGUAUAUUAUGUUUAAAACACGUUUACAAGACCUUACAAUACUUUUAUAAUAUGUUUGCACAUGUCUUAGGCGUUCAAGAGUCACCUUGAUUAUUGAUUAGUCCUUGCCCAAUACAAUAUUUUAUAUUUAUAUUAUAUAAUCGGAAGCUCAUUCAAUUUUAUUAAGCUAUAAGCGUAUAAUAUCGAUGGCGUUAAAAACCGUUACACUUUUCUGCAAAUAGGAGUGGUAAUUUUUUUUCGAUGAUAUUACUAUUAUAUGAACCUGUUAUUAAAUUCAACGAUUCGCCAAUUUCAAAAGCGCUUACCGAUCACCUUGUAACACAUAUUUUAUAAUACCGAUGAGGAAUUUAAUUAAGAUAAUAGCCCGGCAUAUACACAAACGCUGGUAAUAUCAUUUAAUGUACAUGUAUGUGUGUGUGUGUGUGUUUCAGUGUUGUGUGUGCAUGUGCAUAGAUCAAUUUUUAAUUAUGAUUAGUUGUGUAAUUUUGAAAUGUCGAUUUACCAUGAAAAAAUCUGCUGCUCGUGGCUUGCUUUAGGGUCAAAACGUGCUCGGCUAUACUUGCAUUGUUAGCAGAAAUUAAUCUAUAUUAAAAUCCUAUUAUCAAAACGAUAAACUUGAGAACAAGCUAGUCAAAUCUAUUAGAUGUAUUGUACUGUUUUGUAUAAUCCAUUUAAGGAAUGUACCUAUCAUUCAACUGAGACUCGAUGGCACAG